GCACUUGAACCCCAAACAUCAGAUAGCCCAACACAUCUUCGACAUCCAUUCAAGCUCUUUUUACUGCAAGCCUUUCAACUGCAAACUGCACUUGAACCCGACUGUUCGACCCGACGGCACGACGCAAGGGAGCCGUCGUGCCGUCGCGUUGUCUGGUUGCGUCGCCUGGAGGGAGGCAAGAGAGAGAGAGAAAUGUUUGUCGUAAAUAGUACACCGUACCAAAUGAAUGACAAGUCUUGUCUCCAAAACCAGAGAGAUGUUGUUUCGGUUACCUUAGCCUCAAGCCGGCAUUCUGAUCCCCUCGUUUGUAGAAAGCAAAAAAUUCCGCAAGCGCAGCGGCAACGGAACCUACCACUGAAAGGGGCAAAGCCCCAGUGUUAAUGAAAUAUCUCAGUUUGAAUCUUCCGUUUUGAGGUAACUUUACAAAAUUAUCACUGAAAGGGCUGUGAAAUAGUCAUGGUAUCAGAUCAUCCUGAAAAGGUUUUAGGUUAAUUUUCAGCUGUUACUUGCAUUCAGAUGCACAUACAUGUAUUUAUAUAGCCCCCAUUGUGGUUGCAUUUGGCUGUUCGGUAACGUAUUGGAAAGUUCCUCUUCCUAAAGGAUUUUUUAUGCAAACAGUUUGGAAUAUAACCGGACUGCUGAUGACCUCUAUGACCGCAUUUUGAGGCGCCUCAUCAGCGAAUCAGAUCCCAGCCUGCACGAUGCGUAAUUUUAGGAUCUGCGCACGCGCACUUCAUUGAACGAAUUUCAUGUAGCCGCGCCGAGGAGGUCUCGUUUGAGGCUUCAUUGCAGUCUGCUCGGCCAGCAACGUCGAGACACAUCGCACUGCAGUUUUUUGUGCGCCUGUCGCGGAUUCGCCUCCAAGAUGAAGCUGUUACUAAUGGUGUGCUUUACGCUAUGCGUGGUAACAUGCAAGGCUCAACUGGUCUGCCCAGCUUACUGGACCCUUUUUGACCAGUCCUGCUAUCGUCUCUUCGGCUACCCGCGAUUUUACACGGCUGCCGAGAGUGUGUGCCAGUUGUUCACCCCGUGCGGCACGGCCACUCCAUCCACCGCAGGGCAAGGACACCUUGUUUCCAUCAACAGUGACGAGGAGAACAAGUUCGUGUUCAGCUUCCUGGCUGGCCGUUUUGGCGAGAUCCCGUCGACGCAGACGUGGCUGGGGCUUAGCGACAUCGACCCACAGGGCGGCCAGGGCGAGUUCCGCUGGGCCGACGGCACAGAUCUCGGCGGCUUCUCUGCCUGGGCAAGCAACGCGCCGCGGCAGAACAACAACGUGAACUGCGUUGUUUACGCCGAAAGUAUCAUACCGCGGUGGAUGGACAUCAAUUGCGAGGAAGAGCUUACCUACAUCUGCGAGAUGCCGGCUGGAAUCAGCGCCUGCUCGGCGUCCUACUUGCCAUCGAACACCAAUCCCCCUCCAGCGCCGCUUACUAGUCCAAACAAGCCCGAGCGCAUUCGGUAUUCUGCGAAAGCCAAUCGGUACCAGGAACAAGUGUAAACUGAAUGAGUACUUGGACUGACUGAAAAAAUAACAGGUUUUGAGUACCUGUGGACCCCUUCAAGAUUCCGGACCUCAAAGUAUGGCAUAGGCGGUUUCAUCUAUCAGGAUUAGCAGUGAGAAAUCUGGGGAGAGUCAAAAACUGAACUGACAAGAAAACUCGUGAUGUAGUAUUUUUUAUGAGCUUUUUCAAUUCCUGAAGAUUUGAAAUUAUCAGCUGUGACCCAUGACCUUUCACCUUGGCCUUCAGUGCACGGGAAGGGUUGAUUUCUACGUUUAUCCUUUCCAUUGCAUGGACUGUGUUUUCUGUUGACGGUACUGGACGCAUCUGGCAGAUGAACUAGGUUUUUUAGCAAGAAUUUUUUUAAGCGCAUAAACUCGUUAUUAAAUUUAACAUGUACCCAGCGUAAGAACUUGAAGUACAUUUGCGUAUAGUUCCAGCGAAGUGGUCACCGGUUUGGGAACCAAUCAAAUGAUGUACGGUACUGGACGCAUCUGGCAGAUGAACUAGAUUUCUAUAGCAAAAAUUUUUUUCUUUUCAGAGUAAAUAUCGGUUUCUUUUACUCAUUAUCACUAAGAUGUGUUGCUGUUCGAUUGACUCCCUUUUUGUUUAAUAUGCACGAAGCGUUUUCUGUUGUGUGUAUACGUGAUCUUUUCCUGAUAUGCAUGGUGAUUUUUCAACUUUUUUGAAUAAAUGUUGAGCAGAUAGAAACGUUGAAUUCUGGAGUGUUUCUUUCCGGUACAGGGAAGAGGAUGUUGGUAAACCGGUAACUUUGCGCCCACUCCUGGUAAAUUUAAACUCCUUAUAAAGUAAAUCGCAACGAGCCUGCCAUUUCUUUCGGCAUGCUGACACUCGGUCAGUCGUCGAAACUGGUUUCGAAAAGGGGAAAGGGUAGACAAGAUACGCUUUUCUUGGAGAAAAGCAGAUUUUUCUUACCGAUGGGGGCACUUGAAUCCCGUUUUGUUCUUGGAAACAGAAGUGCACAGGGAACUUUUGAAAAUUAAGCACAUAAUUAAAAAAUUUAAAAAAGCACCCGUGCGUCGGCAUGUCACCAGCAGGAACCGUCGUGUUUGCGGUUCGUAAUUAAGUUUUUUUUGCGUGGUCACUUUAAUGUAAUCGUAGCAAUGGUUUGUUUUUGUGAAUCGUCCAAAUGUGAAGCACACACAUACAAACUGAAACACAUUCAGAAAUACCCGUGGAUGAAAGAUAUAAGGUGGGUUAAACAUAUGCAGCCAGAAAUGAGACGGCCGAAUCCACACGGUCUUCCUUGUAGCACCGCUACACUAUACCCAGCCAGAAAUGAGACCGAAGGAGACAGAACCUGUGUGUGCAACAUGCUACACAGAAUGUUUAGUCAGGUGAUAUGCUAUAGGAUAUAGGCACAGCCGAUCGAAUGGUCUAAGAACCAGACCUUCAAGUGCACACUAAUGCUACACAGUGCAAGACGAAGGCGAGA